ACUAAUGUGAAUCCAACCAUGUGCCAACUCUUAACUCAUCCUUUGCUGUCACCGAAAGCUUCGAAUCCACCAAAAAAAAAAAAAAAAAGUCAAUAUGUCUCCUUCACGUCUCUGCCUUUAUCUUCUUCUUCCUUCUUCUCCAUCAUCAUCAGAGAGACGAAGACGAAGAAGAAGAACUUCACUGGUUAUUCUCUCUCCGUAGCCAACCACUAUGGAUUCUAGAGCUAUUCUCGAUUCCGCUUUGUUUCAACUCACUCCUACUCGCACUAGAUUCGAUCUGGUUCUAUUCUGUGGGAGUAAGAAGGAGAAGCUAGCUUCAGGGAUUUUUGAACCAUUCGUCUCUCAUCUUAAGUUCGCUAGAGAUCAGAUCUCUAAAGGCGGUUACUCCAUUUCUCUGACUCCUCCUUCUUCUCACUCUUCUUGGUUCACCAAAUCCACUUUUGAUCGGUUUGUGAGAUUUGUAAACACGCCUGCGAUUAUCGAAAGAUUUGCGACUCUGGAGAAAGAGAUUUUGCAGAUUGAGAAUUCUAUUCAAGCUAAUGAAAUUGCCAAUGCUGCUGAUGCUCUGCAAUUACAAGACGGGAGUAAUUCUGGAGAUAGCAGUAAUCUAAAGAAGUCGAAUGAGUCCUCUAAGGAAUCUGAGAAUGGCAAUGAGGUGGUAGGAGAGGAAACCUCUAAGAUUCAACUUCAACGUCUUCUUGAAACUAGAAGAACAUUGCUUCGAAGAGAGCAAGCAAUGGCUUAUGCACGAGGGGUUGUUGCUGGUUAUGAAAUUGAUAGUAUUGAUGAUCUCAUUUUAUUUGCUGAUGCUUUCGGGGCUUCAAGGUUAAGAGAAGCAUGCAUAAUGUAUAAAGAACUAUGGAAGAAGAAGCACGGUGAUGGGCUUUGGAUGGCGGAAUUAGCAGCUGUGAAAGCGUGUGCUCCAGUGGACAUGUCAUUGUUGGGUUCCUCAGGCAUCAUCCUCACUAAUGAAGGUGCUGCUCUAUCACUAAAUGGGACAGACUCAAUGCCAUCUAAUACAGAUGACAAGUCAGUUAAUUUAGAGCAACAUCCGUCCGGUGUUCCAAACUUUCAAGCACCAAUGGGAUGGCCAAACCAUAUGCCUCAAUACUUUUACCCGUCUCCAUACCAAGGCUAUCCGUACCCUCCUAUGCAACACAUGCCAAAUCAAAACCAAGGAAACAUGCCAUGGCCUUCAAGGGGCAAAACAUCCAAGAAAAAAGGGAAGGGGGAUUCUGAUGGAGAUGAGUCUAGUGAAUCAAGUGAAUCUAGUGAAUCUGAAUCGGCCAGCGAUGAUUCUGCUUCAUCUUUGGAAGAUCAAGGUAAAAGACACUCUCGUACAAGUAAAAACUCACGCCGAUCAAAGAAAAACCGGAAGAAGUCAUCUAAAACUGUUAUCAUCCGUAAUAUUAACUAUAUAACCCCGGAGGGAAGAAAUGGAGACAUGGAGGGAAAUGAGUUUACGGACAACGGUUCCAUCAAAGAGACUGUAGAUGCUGCUGUUGGAAUGCUCAACGAAAAAAGAGCUCAUGAGGGAGAAGUUUCUGGUGAAGAAAAACGAAGCAACGAGAAUUGGGAUUCAUUUCAGAAUAUUUUGAUGAGGCACGAUGAUGGCUCAGAUGUGCAUUCAAUGGAUGUCAUCGGUCAGGAGCAUUUCACACAUAGAGGCGCUAGUGUGGGUGCAAAUUCUAAUGGCUUGCAAACAAAGAACACUGCCUCGGGUGAUUCCAUCAUCACAACGCAUAAGUACAUAGAAGAUGGAGGAGAUAGCUUUGAUCAUUUUGAAAGUGAGGAUAGUGCUCGCAGGCUUCCAAGAACGAGGGACUCGACUGAAGAAUGUAUGUUACUGCUUAAGAGAUCAGAAAUGUUAGGAGAUGAAAGCAAAGACAUGUAUAAUGCUACAAGGGGUGAAUCGUUGGUGAAGAAGUCAGGGAGUGGAGAGGAUUGGUUUACUGCUUCGGGUAAUCGUGCUGGGAAACCGGAAAUCAACUACGGGAGAAUGUCAUUUGAUGACAGCAUUUUGACAUCUCAAGGUUCUGAUAAGAGCAAGAAACAAGAAUUCGUUGAUGAUUCUUUCAUGGUCCAUUCAUCAUCGCUUGCUGCUGAUGAUCUUUAUGACUCUCGGUGGAGACCAGACAUGGCUGCUGAUAUUGUUUUAGCCUCUGACGUUGACAACGGGCAUGCUAAUGAAAAACACGAUUCAUGGGAACCAAAUGAUCUUUGUAUGAUUCCUGAACGCAAUUCAGGAGACUCUUUGGCUAAUGAUUAUUCGAUUGAUUUCUCUGCUGAAGCAAAUGCAAGGCUAUCCAGUAACGGAACAGCUCAGGAGAAAGAAGAUAAGAGCGGCGAGAAGAAAAACAAUGUGAAGAACCCGGAAACUCGUAAGUCUAAAACUCCAAGUAGAACCAGAGCGGAAACAAUGUCCAAGACUGCAAAGAAACCAACAGUAGCUAGCAGAACAAUGGCACAGAAGAACAAGUUUGAAAAGGAAGAAGAGAUGCGGAAGAGAAUAGAAAACCUUGUAAUGGAAAGGCAAAAAAGAAUCGCAGAGAGAUCAGCCAUGACUGCAUCUCGUAAAGUUUCUCUAGACAAAGGUUCGAGCAGAGCUCCUUUGGUUCGCGAAAGGGCUACAUAAGUGAAGAAAACCGUUGGAGCUGCGUCAAAUGAGAUACUCAAAACGCUUUUCUUUGGUCACUUCAAAAAUUCUUUUACAUUCAUUUGGUGGUGAUACAAGCUCUUCUUGAUUUUGCUUGUGUCACGACUAUUUAUUUAUUAUUUUCUCAAACGUUUUUCUUUUCUGAAUAUUAAUUUGUAAUUUAUUUGGGUAAGACACUGAGAUUUAUAUAUUUGUAAUUUUGAUUAUAUACACAAAAGAUACAGAAUCUCUUAGUGCAAAUUAAAUUGCGACAAUGAAG